UAAAAACCCUGAGUCUCUUCAGACUGACACACCUUCUUCUUCUUUACUCCUCUGUCCAUCACCACACUCAGUCUGAAUAUCACAGCAUGGAGGUGAAGCUGUUGGUCUGUGCUGUCGUGCUGUCGGCCUUCACAGUUACAGGAAACAACGCACAGUCAAAUGUUUGUGGCACCGCACCGCUCAACCCAAAGAUCAUAGGAGGUGAGAGUGCUGCUCCCGGGGCGUGGCCCUGGCAGGCCAGUCUGAACCUGAACGGCAUAUAUCUUUGUACAGGAUCGCUCAUCAACAACGAGUGGGUCCUGACGGCUGCUCACUGUUUCUCCACCACCAUCACUGCUGGUUGGCAGGUUCACCUCGGACGUGACAGACAACAAGGCUCGAAUCCUAACGAGGUGUACCGGACAGUGUCUCGGAUCAUCAGGCAUCCGAACUACGUGGCCUCGAGAUUCGAUUACGACGUAGCCUUACUGAAGCUGUCCACACCAGUUCAGUUCACCAACUACAUCAGACCUGUGUGUCUGGCGGCGGACGGCAGCGUCUUCGGGGGUGGCACGACCUGCUGGGUCACCGGGUGGGGAUACAUCCAUCCAGACAUUCCCCUUCCCGCCAAUCAGAUGCUGCGGCAGGCGAGUGUUCCCGUCGUGUCCGACAGUCGGUGCAGCAAGCUCUACGCCAAUGAAUUCACAAGCAACAUGAUCUGUGCUGGUGUCCCUCAGGGAGAUAUUGGCCCCUGCUAUGGGGACUCAGGAAGCCCGAUGGUCUAUAAAAAUGGCUCCAGGUGGGUCCAGGCUGGACUGGCAAAUUUUGGAAAAGGCUGUGGCCAGCCUGAUUACCCACUGGUCUACGCCCGUGUGUCUAAGUAUGAGAGAUGGAUCAAAAGCCAGAUCACCACUAACCAGCCGGGCUUCGUCUCUGUCUCCGUCUCGGGCUCCUCCAGCAUCGGUCCAGCCGCUGGACUCAUCCUCCCUGUUCUCUCUGUCUUCGUCCUCUCUCUUUAAUGAUGCCAGAGGUUUGUCGGGUUAAUGCAUCAGUACAGAGUCAGACGACUGUUAAAACGUCCACCUGAGCAAGUUUACAGUCUCAAAAUAAAAUCUGCAUGAGGUGAAAUAUUUUCUGUGUUUUAGUCAUUUUAGAGAAAUGAGUCAACAGGACACGAAGAUCAGGAACUAAAGAAAAUGAAGCUUUAUUUGAACAUUAGCGCUGCAGCUAAGAAAUGUUUUCAUUGUCAGUUCAUCUGCUGAUUAUUUAUAAAUGAAUGAAUGAAUGAUCAUGUCUAUAAAGAGAGAAAUGUAAAUUAAUUCUAAUAAAUUCAUUUUCAAAAACA